AUGAAAACCCUAAUGGAACUCUUGAACUCCUUCUGGAACAGUCCUGUUGGUCCUAAAACAGCUCACUUUUGGGGUCCUGCCGUCAACUGGGGCAUUCCUAUUGCGACGGUGGUAGACACACGGAAGCCAGCAGAAACAAUAAAUGGAAGAAUGACAACAGUAAUGUGCGUGUAUUCAGCAUUAUACAUGAGGUUUGCUUGGAUGGUUCAACCACGGAACAUUCAUCUUCUCAUAUGCCAUGCCUCAAAUGAGACCCUGCAACUCUAUCAGCUCUCACGCUGGGCAAGCGCACAUGGAGCAGAAGAAAGAGGAAGCAAAUGA